CCGCUGAAGCUAUUUAUUUUAGAUCAAAGAAACUCUUCAAUGGCGACUACCUCCGAGGCUUGGGUUUUCAAGUCUCUCAAUAAAUCAUCUGGUUCUAGGCGCUUUGUGUUCAAGAGUUUCUUUCAGCGACUCGUAGAAGAGAAGGCGUUCCAAUUAAAUAAGCACAAGUACAGUAGUGAUGCUUCAAGGACAUACAAGCUUGGUGUUCUAUCUUGA